CUCCAUCUCACCUCCCGCCUACAUAGAAUUGAUCUGCCGUGGCCUAGUUUACACUCAGGAGACCUGGCUGGACACCUGAAGUCCUAUUGGUGCAGAUGCCACACCGAUGGACACACCAGUCUCUCUGAUUGGACGGUGAGUGUGGAGCAGGAAGCAGUGAGAUCAGACUCGGGAGCAGGAGGGGCUGAUUCACACAAAUGUUCUCCCACAUACACACACAUAGAUAAACGCACUUACCUCAUUGCCAGGGGAGGAGCUGUGAGUGCAGACCGCCACAGACUGCAACAGGGAUGACUUGAGCAACACAACAACAUCAUGAACAUAGUCACUUGUAUCACAAGCUCAUGUAACAGCUAGUCUUCCCUGUGAACAGAUGACAUGGAGGCAGAUUUGAAGAUGGGAGCCCUGCAGAUUUGAUGUAUUGGAGUUGGGACAUGACUUUGUUGACCUCUGUCUGGACAUCAUUAUGGCAUCUCCAAGACACUAUGGUCACUCUCCCCGGCAUAUUGCCAAUGUAAUGCAGAGGCUUCAAGAUGAGCAAGAGGCAGUGCAGAAGAGGACUUUCACUAAAUGGAUCAAUUCCCACUUGGCAAAGAGUGUGCCCCCACUGGUGGUAUCAGACCUGUUUGAGGACAUCAAGGAUGGGGUGAUGUUGUUGGCUCUGCUGGAAGUACUUUCUGGACAAAAACUGCCAUGUGAGCGGGGCAAGAAACUCAAAAGGAUCCACUGGGUCGCCAACAUCGGCACUGCGCUCAAAUUUCUGGAGGGGAGGAAGAUCAAACUUGUCAACAUCAACUCAACAGACAUAGUAGAUGGAAGACCGGCCAUUGUUCUUGGAUUGGUGUGGACAAUAAUCCUCUAUUUUCAGAUUGAAGAGUUAACCAGCAGUCUACCAGCACUUCAAGCCCAGUCCAGCAGCACUUCCUCACUGGACAGUUCAGCCAGCAGCACUGAGACCACCAGCCCACCUGUCAAGAAGAAGCCCCUCCCACCUCCACAGGGCGGAGCAAGAAAGGCCCUCUUAAAAUGGGUCCAACAAACAGCCACCAAGCGAAUGGGCAUUGAUGUACGAGACUUUGGCCCAAGUUGGCGGACAGGUCUGGCCUUCUUCGCAGUGAUCCAUUACCUUCAGCCAAAUCUAGUCGACAUGGAACAAGCUUGGGGAAGACCCAACCAAGAAAAUCUGCAGGAAGCCUUUUCAUUAGCAGAGAAAGAGCUGGGCAUUCCUCAGCUGCUUGACCCAGAAGAUGUUGAUGUGGACAAACCAGAUGAGAAAUCUAUAAUGACAUAUGUCGCCCAGUUCCUGAAACAUCACCCAAAACAGAGUGAUCCAGAAGACACACAGGAGGAUGAGAGAGAGCAGCGCAAGAGCCUGAGGGAGCUCAAAACAUGGCUCGAACAGCUGGAUAGAGACGCCAUGCAGGCCCAGGAGACGGAGGCCAAUCUCGCCCUGCAAUACCAAUUAUUCAAGAGUUUGCGUGUCCAGUUGGAGAUGAAGAGAAAGCAGGUGGAGAGUGCUCUGCAGUCCACUCAGAAAGAUGGGAUGCUCACAGUGGAUCAAGCUUUGGUCAAACAGGCCUGGGAAAAGGUGUCUAACAGGUUGCUGGACUGGCACUUGAAGCUGGACCGGUCCCUCCCGGCCCCUCUGGACCAGGUGGGGUCUUGGCUUCACCAGGCUGAAGGAGCUUUGAGACAGGAGGUCAUUAUGCAGCAGGCUCACGAACAGACAGCUAACAUUAUCCACCGAGCUCUGGAGCAGCACAAGGAUGUGCUGAGGAGCCUGGAGAGUCACAAACAGGUCCUCCAGAGGAUCCAUAAAGACAGAAGUGUGGGUGGUAUACUAGUGCCCUCGGACCAGCUACAAGACAUGGCUGAAAGGAUGAACUUUGUUUGUACAUCGUCAAGUGUCUACCUGGCCAAGAUGGAGUUUUUGGAAAACCAGCACCAUAUGCAAGCCUUCCUCAGUCUGGCUGAAUCCAGACUCAAGUCCUGGAUCAUCAAAUAUGGCCGCCAAGAGUCUGUAGAACUUAUGCUCCACAAUUAUAAAUUGUUUGUAGAAAAGCAGAGGUUCUUUGACAACUAUGAAGCAUUGUUCCAGUCCCUUAAACAUGCUGGCGAGGCAUAUGUCAUUGCUGAUAGUUCAGUGGAAGAGGGAGAGCUUGGAGUGCGACGGUUUAUCCGUGAGGUAGUGACCCAGUGGAGGAGUCUGUCCAUGGAGGUGCGCAGUGUGAGGAGUAUGCUGGAGGAGGUGCUGUCCAAUUGGGAGAGGUACAACUCCACUGUGGUCGUGCUACAGACCUGGCUAGAUGAUGCUGAGGCUGCCCUAAGCCAACCAGAAAACAUUAAAAGGGAGUUUUUCAGGAAUCUAAGCCACUGGAUGGAUCAGCACUCGGCCAUGAACGACGCAGGAAAUUUUCUGAUUGAAACAUGUGAUGAGACAGUAUCUCUCGAUCUGAAGCAACAGCUAUUACUAAUGAAUGGGCGCUGGAGGGACCUUUUUCUCAAAGUCAAACAAUAUGCUCAUGCUGAUGAACUGGAAAAGUACCGAAAGGAUCAUGUAAAGGCCAUUUCAGCUCUGAAAGAACUUCUGGACACAGCAGAAACCAAACUUAAUUCUCCAGUUCAUGUGUCUUUCCUAAAUGUGAGAGCAUUUCUGCAGGAUGUGGAGGAAACAAAGCAAAAGGUCGUAGCCAUGGAAACCCAAUACAAACUUGCCGCCCGCAGUGCUCAGCUCCUGACGAAGGACGGGCCACAGGACGAAGCUGCACGGGUCCUGGCAACUAUGGCCACAGCUAAAAGUCAGCUGAGUAAGGUGAGAGAGCGCUGUCCCUCCCUUGUGAGAGAGUGCAAUGUCCUUUUGCCUCUUUUGGAGGAAAUGGAGAAACACAUCAGUGCAUUUUACCAGGCCUUGGAGCGAGCGAGCUGCAUCACAUCAAUGGAGAGAGAAACAGAGCCACAGAGCCAAACUCAACAUAAGCACAAGUGGCAGGAAUUGCUAAACCAGCAGCAAAGUUGUAAACGUUGCCUCUCAGUGAUAGAAAAAAACAACCACAGCUUGCAGAGGGCAAUCUCCACAAGCAAGGUGCUGAAAAACCUCAACAUGUCGAUGUUGCAGAAGAGAGUGUCCGAGAUCCAGACUUCAGCUCAGACCUUGCUCAAGGAGAUUGGGGACUGGAGAAGGCAGGAGGAGGCCAACAACAGCCUGAGAAGGAGGUUUGAAGAUUCCCGUCAGGAGCUGGAGAGAAUAUUGAAAAAAUCUCAGAGUUGUCUAAGGGAGACUGGAGAUGCGGAAGACCUGCUGAAAAAACACACAGAGAUAUUCAGCCAGUGUGACCAACGAGUUUUGAACGUCUUCUUGAAAGCAUGUGAUGAGUUGACUGACAUCCUGCCAGAGGAGGAGCAACAGAAACUACAGGAAACUGUUAGGACUCUACAUAAACACUGGAAGGAUGUCCAAAGUGAAUUACCUACUCACAUUGUUCGCCUGAAAGUGGAAAUUGAGCAAAAUCGUGUGGCUUCCAUCCUCCAGGACUGCCGGGCCGAGCUGGACAGAGAAAUGCAUGCUCUGUCUGGGACCUGCACCAGCGAGCGAUUGAUCAAAGAGCACAGGACUUUCUUCAGGGAACGCAAACCUCUGACUUUGUGCGAGAAGAGGAUUAGAAACAUGGAGGAUCUCUGUCAGAAACUGCCUGACAAUGAUGUUGCUUAUCGGGUACUCGACUCCACCAGGGGUGCAGUGGAGGAGGUUACAGGGAUAAUCAAGAGCACCUAUCUCAAAUUAGAGCAGUACCCAGAUAAGUGGAAAGACUGGAAUGAGAGGUUUUGUGAACUUUCUGAUUGGGUAUCUUCUCAGAGGAGGCAUAUCAGGUUUCUGAAGGAAUCUGUGAGAAAAUCAAGUGAUCAUGAGCAAUUUGAAUCUGCUGUUCAAGAGCUACAAGAAGCAAUAGAAGCUCAACAGGAAUGUAUUUUAUGGCUGAAGUCUCGGCUGUCUGAGCUGUCUGAAGUUAGUUCUGAACAGGAGAUACAGAGACAGAGGGCGUCCCUGGACAAACUAUCCUCAGAUUUACGUGCUCUGUUUUCUUCUCUUUGUCAGUGGGAUGAGGAGGAGGGCUCUGCUAUACUUGAGUCUGGUGAGCUCAAAGAGGAGUUGCAUAGAGCUCUUGAAGAGAUGUUGAAAUUACAGAAAGAGGCUGAGGAUCUGAGCAGCAGACUUCUGGAUGCAGAAGACCUGGAAGAGGCCAAACAAAUAUAUCUCAUUCACCAGCAACAAAUGAAGCGCCUGUACUCCAACCGCAGAGAGGCUGAGCUCCUGUUGCCCCACUGUCACAGGCUGCAUAAAGAGCAGGGCCUGAGUGCGUCUGUGUUGGAGCUGGAGAAAACCAUCAGAGAGGUGGACAGUCACUCGGAGGCAGAGCAGCACGACUUGCAGGCCACACUCAGCUCCUGGCAAACAUUUGAAACUGAAAGAGAAAUAAUUUGGGGGUUCAUCAGCCACACCAGCAAUGAGCUUCACAAAGAGCUCAUUUUCAACAGCCUCGACAGUCUGAGAUCUGAGCUGGAGCAUAACAAGGAGCUGUGUGCCGAGGCAGAGGAGUUUUCUGUUCGAGCGGAUCUGCUUCUGGAGAAGGCCGCAGAUUUGCAUUUGAGUGCCAAAACACAAACUCUUCUUCUUCAACAGGCUCAGGCCACCAGGGAGGAGGUUGCACAACUUCAAGACCACCUCAAUAAAAUUGUUUCCCAGUUGGAGAUGAUGUGUUUGUGGUGGCAGCGCUUUAGCAAUGAGUCCAAGGCUUUUUCUGAUUGGAUCAAUGGGAAAGAACAGGAGCUGGAGACCAUUAACCCCUCCUCAUCCUCAGAGCCAUUGGAUGAGAAUAUCACUGCUGUGGAGGACAUGGCUGAAGCUCUGGGUGAAAAAUGGGCCGUUAUCGCUCACAUGGAGGCAGACUGUGAGUGCUUGUCCAAGUUUGUAACCCCUGGAGAGGCAGGGCGCAUCCGGGCACGACUGACACAGAUCAAGAGAUACUGGGACGAGCUAAAGGGGCGAGUGGAGCAGGUUGGGGGACAGCUCCAUCAGAGCGCGACCUACAGGCAGCGCUACAAUGACAAUCUACAACAGAUAAAGAAAACAAUGGCUGAUUUGAAGGAGAAGCUUGACUGUCCGAUCAACAACUGUUCAUCUUCUUCUGAAACCUACAAAACCCUCCAAGAUCACGUGGAGGUGUGCCAGGCUAUUGAGCAGCUGAAGCCCAGACUAAUGGCUCUGUGCUCGGCCCUAAAGAGGUUCAAAGAGGGGGGGCAGCUGGAGGAAGAGGUGGGAAAUCUGCAGAAACAGCAGGCACAAUUCAUGGGGGCUGCUUCAGAAAAACAAUCUACACUGGAGAGUCUUCUAGCUCUGUGGCAAAGGUUUGAAAAAGAGAGUUUGUCAAUGAAAAGCUGGCUGGACAGGUGUGAAUCAGUUUGCUGUCCAGACACUGACCUCCUCUCUGCAGACAAAGGGAAACUGAGAAAUGAACUACAAAAUGUAAAGGAAAUGCAGCAGGAAACUCCAUCUUAUGAGGCUCUUCUCUUUGGCCUUUUAAAUCUUGGCAUUUGUCUUUAUCCCACUGCGUCUGAUCAUCGCACCAGAGAGCUUAAUGAAAACUUGACAGGUCUACAGCAGAGAAGCUAUUCUCUGAAAAACACUAUCACUCAAAGGUUAACGUUGCUUGAAACACAACUGUCUAAACUCCAGCUUUUUGAUGAGGCUUUGUUGAGCGUGACCCAAAGCAGUGAACGUUUCCUUUCAGAGUUGAGAGGUUCAUCUCUUGUGGAUAUUGGAAACCUGCAGGCUUCAUUUAAUAAAGUCAAGGAGCAUGAAACACAGUUGGUGCGGUUGGAGUCAUUGAAAGCGCGUCUGGAAGAGCAAGUGUCCACCCUGCUCCUCUCCUCCAUGCCCGAGGCCCAACAGCAGAUCCAGAACUGGAAAGAGGAUGGCCUACAACCCCUACACGAAUCCCAGCGUCUCUUGAUGUCCCGUACUGAAUGCCUUGAAGAGCUUAAGAUCUUCGUUGAUAAGCACGGAGCUGCAGUAAAAACAGUGCGCCAGCUUCAUGAGGCUGUGGAGGGCCGGGGCAGCUGGGACCGUUCCAAGGCUGAAGAACUGCAUCAUGGGAUAGGGGAAGUAGCAAAAGAUGUUGCGCGACUGGAGGCGGAGGCCGUUGGAUUAGACGGACAGUUGAGCAGGGCACAUCUUCACUUGUGUGGGGCAGAGUGGCGAGGUCCAAAGAACCCAGGACAUCCACAGGGAAGGACAUCUUGCCGGGGUCAGAUGGUGGCCCUGACCAUGGCAUUGGAGGAGGUACAGAGAGGCGUGGGCUGGAGGCAAAGCGAAGCAGAUGCUCUCAGUACCCUCUGGAGCUCCUUCAGGGAGAAAAGGGAGGAGGUGCUGAACAGUCUGAAAAAAAUGGAGGAUGCACUGAGACAAGAGGAUGCCAGAGAAAACACUGUGCUGGCAUUUCAAAACAGGCUGCGCUUCUUCAUCCAGCUGGAGGAUGAGCUCCAGUCCCUGCAGCACUCCCGACAGUGGCUGCAGGAGAAAGGCAGCCAACUGGCCCAGAGAGACACUGAGCUGUGUGGGGAGGCUGUGAGGGAGGUGGCUCUGGUGGAGUCAGCCUGGGACAGCGUGAAGGCAGCAAUUUCAACUGGCCAGGAACAAAGUGGAGUUUUGGUAGAUCUUCUUCGUCAGUUUCACCACCUGAAGUCUGCCUUGAGCACCGCUGUGGAAAAUGCACAAACAGUCGCUCACAAUCUGCCCGACCACAACCAUAACGCGCAAGAGGCCAAGUGGAUCUACUCACGGCAUGAAGCAGUCCAGGAGAACCUUAAAGAAAAACAAGAAGAAAUGGAUCAGCUCAUCAGUACAGUAGAGGAUCUGCAGAGAGAACUCGAAAAACUCCCAAACUCAGACACAACCUCUAUACAAAAAGAUAUGGAGGCAUUAAGAGACCAGUGGCUAGAGGUCUCAGAGCGUAUUCAAACCAACACAGAAAGACUGGGGUACUGUGUGGCCCUUUGGAACGACCUCAAAGCGAUGGAGCAGGACAUCUCUGAAUGGGCCGCCUCUUCAAUCACUGAUCUCACAGACUGUGUAACCAAUCUGAGCGACAAGGAGAAGACAGAGGAGCAUCUUACAGCAUUUCAGGCAGAGGUGGAGAAACGAGAGCAGAGGCUGGACUCGCUGCAGGAGCGAGUGACAGAGCUGAAGGAGAGGGCCAAGCUGCAGGAAACCCCAUUACAGAUGCAGGUUGUUGAAUCUGACCUGAGAAAGAAAAUGGCCCAUGUUCAGGAGGUGUACAACCAGGCCAAACACACGCUGACCUACUUUAGUUUCCAGAAACAGAGACUGGAGGACCUCAUGUCCCAAAUGACUGAGCGGCUUGAGGCUGCUGAGGGCUCCUUAUCCGACCUGACUGAUGCUACAUCUCUGGAAGACAUGGGUACAGUGAAGGACUUACAGAGUGUGUUGCAGCAGCAGAGGGCAGACAUGGACUCUGCCCGGGAUGCUCUGAGUGCACUUUGUAGGUCUCAUCCCUCUGAAGAGCUGUCCCGUCUCUCCUCUGACCUCACAUCUAUUGCCAAAUGGACAGAGACUGUGGCUCAGCGCUGUGCCAAGACUAAAGGAAGUCUUCAGGAAGGCCUACAGAUUCACUUUAAUGAGCUUGUCAAAGCCUUGCGCUCCUGGCUUGCAAAUCAGAACUCUGACUUGAAAGAGUGGUGUAACCAAUCCGGAGAUGCUGCUGUCCUAAACGCAAAGUUGCAUAGGCUAACGGUGUUAGAGGAGCAGACAGCAGAGGGAGAGAGACGUCUGUGUCAGGUUUCAGAGGAAGCUGAGAGGCUUCAGCAUCACCUUUCAAAAGCUGCAGCUGCUCAAGUCCAGGACAAUCUUUCAUCCUGCCAGAAGGAGUGGAAGAAUUACUUAGACAACUGUUCCCAAUGCCAACAAGAUCUGGAAGAUGCUAUUGACCUCUUAAAGAAUUUUGAUGAUGGUGUGGUGCAUAUGAGAGACUGGUUGAAACAGAUGGAGCUCAGCCUGAAGUGUGAGUCUGUUCCUGGAGAUGAAGGGCAGCAGGGUGCCCCUGACACUGCAGAGGAGCUGGAGAAGGUGGAGAGAGUACACAAUGAGCUGCUGGAGAGACGGGAGUCCAUUGAGCGACUGUGUCAGGAGGCCCAGUCUCUCUCAGAAGCCGGGAGGGGGUCAGGUGGAGAGGUCAGAGUCACUGGACAGCUCCAUAUGGGGCACCAGUCUCUGCUGAAGGCAGCCAGAGAGAGACUAAAAUGCUGCCAAGAGAGCCAGGCCUUUGCAGAGACCCUCCAGGGAGUGUGGGCCUGGCUGGAGGAGAUCCAGGAGAGAUUGGGGACAGUAGACAGCACCAUGGGCACGAAAGAUCAGCUGGAGCAGAGGCUGGAAACUGUGCAGGAUAUCCUGCUUUUGAAGGGAGAAGGAGAAGUAAAGCUAAACAUGGCCAUGGGGAAGGGUGAGCUUGCUCUGCGCAGUUAUGGGACUGCUGGACAGGAAAUGGUCAAAUCUCAGCUUCAGGAAGUGGAGGAUGCUUGGGCCACUCUGCUGGUGACUGCCAUGAGCUGCCACAGCCGGUUGGAGUGGACUGUGUCUCAAUGGAGUGGAUAUUUGGACAGUGCGAACCAGCUGCGGUGCUGGAUGGAGGCUCUGGAGCGGGAAGUGAGUGCACCUCUCACCCCUCAGCCCGGGCCCAGAGAAAAGGCUGCUCAGCUGGACAGACUCAGAGCCCUGCUGUCUGAUCUUGAAGACCACCAGGUGGCACUGUCCAGCUUGGAAGAGAAAGCCCGCGAGCUCUUCAAAAAGACUGGAGAUGCAAGCUUCAAUCAUGGGGCUCGCACCCAGCUACAAGCACAGUUUGAUGAUCUUACAGCUCUGGUGGAGGGCAAGGUUAGUCUUGCCCAGAGCAUAGUGUUGGAGCAUCAGGAGUAUCUGGAGUCAGUUCGAGAGCUGACAGACUGGUUGAUGACAAGUGGAGAGGAGCUACAGCACUGGUCUGAUACAUCUGGAGAUUCUACCUCUAUCAAGAAGAAGCUCUCUGAAGUCAGAGAGCGAGUAGAGAGCCGUCUGUUGGAGGGCCGUGACCGCCUCAGCCGUGUGCGCCGCAGUGCUGCGACCACAGCAGAGCAUACGGCGGCUGGAGGCUGCGAGGCCAUGGACCGCCAGCUGGGGGCACUGUCACAGGCUCUGGAGCAGUGGGAGGGGGCUGCACUGAGGGCCAGAGACAGUCUAGAAGGGGCUCUGGCUUCUGCUGCAGCUUCAGAAGAAGCAUACGAGCAUUUGGUGGCCCAACUAGAACAGGAACUGAAAGAGCUGGACCUCAGGCUGAAGGGGUGGAGCCAGGAAUUGAUUAAAGCUGAGGGGCGGAGCAGUGGCGAGGAGGCUGUGGAGGGCUGGCAGCUUGCUAAGGAGAUACUGGAGGGCUUGCAGAGUGCCGAGCCCAUGGCAGAGAAGUUGAAAAGCCAACUGAACGACCUGGUGCGGUACUCCCGAGACAUCAGCUCCCAGUCAGACAGAGUGACUGCACUGAUCAAGCAGCACAACAGCUUGAGUCUGCGUGCAUCCAGGGAGUGUCAAAACAAGGAGCGUUUGUUGGAGCAGCGGUUCAGGGCAGCUCUGCGAGACUUUCAGCAAUGGUUGGUCAACGCCAAAAUCAGCACUGCCAAAUGUUUUGAUGUGCCUCAAAGUGUUGCCGAGGCCUCCACCGCCUUACAGAGAAUACAAGAGUUUCUGAGUGACAGGGAGCAUGGUCAGGCCAGGCUGAGCACCGUGGGGGCCAGUGGGGAGCUGCUCAUGGCGGUGGUGUCCAAAGACAGAGUGGAGGGGAUCAAGGCCAAGGUGGAGAGCACGCGGGAUGACUGGAAGAGCCUGAUGAAUAACUUACAAAUGAGGGAAGAUGCUCUCAAGAACCUGCAAUCUCAGAUGACAGAGUUUGAAGCGAGCGCAGAGCCACUGCAGGACUGGCUAAGCAACACUGAGGUCAAAGUUCAAGAAAGCAGCACCCGCCUCCACGACCUGUCUGCUAAGAGAGAGGAACUAAGCAAAUUGCAGUGCGUGCUGAAGGAGAUGUCCGAUCGCGAGGCAGAGCUGACCAGGCUGAGGGAGAGCGCUCAUUGUCUUUGGGAGGGACAGGCCGCAGGCAAAGGCUUUGUCCACCGCGUGUCGCAGCUCUCUGCACAAUACCUGGCACUCAACAACUUGGCCAAGGAUAAAGCCUCCAGGAUUGAGCGGAUCGUUGGGGAGCACCGCCUUUUCUCUCAGGGCCUAAAGGAGCUCCAAGACUGGGUGAGUGAGGCUCAGAGCGUCCUCAGCUCCUGCCUCUCUCCCACCACAGACAAGAGUGUACUGGAGGAGCGAAUGCUUCAGCUUGAAGCACUGCUGGCUGCUCGUCAAGAAAGGGAGAUCCAACUAAAGAUGCUGCUAACACGAGGAGAGGCGGUCCAAAGAAAUACUUCAGCUGAGGGGGUACCAGUCAUUCGCAAACAGAUCCAGGACCUCAAGGACUCCUGGGAUUCUCUGCUUUCUGCCUCCAUCCAGUGCAAAAGUCAGCUAGAAGGCGCUCUGUCACAGUGGACUAGUUAUCAAGAGGAUGUGGGUCAGUUUGUGCAGUGGAUGGACAGAGUGGAAGAGACACUCAACUGCGCUGACAGACAGUAUUCAGAAAUGAGGGACAAGACUGCCAACCUGGGCAAGACCAAGCUACUCUAUGAGGAAGUACUGAGUCACAGCAGUCCUUUGGAAACCAUUGCUACAAAGGGAUCCAAUAUGCCCGAACACUAUAAUACUCAUCUGGAGGUCCAGCAGCUACAAUCACAAUACAACAGCCUCACGGAAAAAGCCAAAAAUGCAGUGAGCAAGGCCAAAGGGCUGGUGUUGGUGCAUCAGGAGUAUCAGAGAGCCCUGCAUGUGUUUGAGGACUGGCUGGAGCAGGAGCAGGCAACUUUAGCAACUCUGUCCCAUCCAGAAGGAAGUGUGGAUACUCUCGAGAGCACACUGCAGCAGCUACAGACCCUGCAGGAGCGUUGUUCAAAGGGGCAGUCUUUGCUAUCCUCUGUUCUGACCAGCCGAGCGCGGGUUAUUCCAUGGGGUGUCCCGCAGAUUGAGGACCGGGCCCUGGACACGGCUCAGAGGGAGUGGGGAGUCUACCAGGUCCGACUGGAGGAGACCCAGAGUCAGCUCAAAGCGACCCUGGGCAGAGUGAGGCAAAUGGGGCAGAAGUUCCUGAGUCUGGCCCAUUGGUUGGAGGAGAUGGAGAAGAUGGCAAACAGACGGAGGCAUCCCAGGUCUGACAGGGCAACCAAGGAGGAUCAGCUCAAGAAACUGCAGGGGUGUCUAGAGGCAGCGUUAACUCGACAAGAGGAGGUAGACAGGCUCUCUCCGCUGGCCCAGCAGGUUUUAGAGGAGACCUACAUCAGCAGUCGGGUCAGUGUUACUGCCACACAGCUAACGACCCGCUACCACUCCCUGCUGCUCAACAUACAGGAAACCAUCAAACACCUUCAGGAGGAGCUGAAGAGCAUCAAUGAAGCAGAAAACCUUUGCAUCUCAUUUUCUGACUGGCUUGGCUCAACUCAAAAAACCUUCACAACUUUAACUGAUAGCUCUGAACCUUUCGACCGCAUUACUAUGGAGAAAAAGAUGAAGAAAUUAGAGAACCUUCAGACUGAACUCCAACGUGGCCACAGUUACCUGAAGUCCUUGAGAGAGAGAGCAGAGCAGGCAGCUGGCUUCCUGGAUGAGGCUGGUGCUGAACAUUUGGGUGGAGAGGUGGAGGCCCGACUGUCCCAGCUAGAGGAGCUGUCCAGCGCUCUUAGACAGGAUCACAGUUUCCUGGAUCGGGCCUUACUGCUAUCCAAGGAGUUUCAGGACCGCUACAAGGCCCAGGCCCAAUGGCUGGUGGAGACGAGGGUGGUGCUUGCAACUCCGGUAGAGCCCAAAGCAGAGCUAUACCAGAGGAGAGCUCAGCUGGCGAAGUAUAAGGCCCUGCUCCAGGUGGUCCAGUCCCAUGAUGGAUCUGUCAGGGCGGUGGUGGAGAGAGGUGAUGCUCUGUUGGCAUUGGUCCAUUACCCCUCAGUCCGAGACAAGAUGAACAGGCUGCAGAAGGACUACUGUGACCUAUGUAACACCGCUAUGGCUCAUGUGGAGGGUCUGGAAGUCCAAGUGAAGGAGCAGGAAGUGUACCACAAUGAACUCCAGGAAGUAGAGCGCUGGCUUUUGCAAAUGUCAAGCAGGAUGGUGACUCCUGACCCCACUGUGGGAGGAAGCCUGGAGGCAGCCACGCAACAAUUGGCCAGACACAAGGCCAUAAUGGAGGAAAUCGCAGGUUUUGAGGAGCGCUUGGCGGACCUGAAGGAGCGUGGAGACCACCUGGUGCAUGGCUGUAGUGAGCGCUUGCAGAACAGGCUGAGACAGCAGGUCCAGGCACACCAACAAGGCACUCGAGACAGCUAUUCUGCCAUCUGCAGCACCGCGCAGAGGGUUUAUCAAAGUUUGGACCAUGAGUUGCAGCGGCAUGUGAGUCUUCAGGAUGCCCUACAGCAAUGCCAGAGCUGGCUGACCUCUGUCCCACCUGAACUGAAGCCUUACAUACAAACUGCACUCAGCCUGGAGGAGGCGCUACAGCAGGUGAAGCAGGAGCGGGCUUUUCAGGAGCAGGCGAGCACUUACCUCCAACUGCUGUGUUCCACCUGUGAUCUGUCUGAGCAGAGGGUCAGAGACACUGCUGCUGAAAUACAACAGGUCAAACUGCAGAUUGAGGACAGAAUGAUUCUUUGUGAGGAAAUGGCUGACAGCUGGCGGGAUAUUGAAGAGCAUAAGGCAGAUCUAGAGGUCCAACUCCGAGAAACUGAGCAACAACUCCAAACUCUCUGCAGGAGACCCGCAGAACUGGAGCAGAAGAUUGCACAGAAUCAGCUGGACAAGGCCCAGGAGUUCCUCCAGCAGAUUCGUGAGAAGCAGUCAGAGGUAAGCCAUCUGAAUGAGGCUGUGUGUCGACUGACAGACAGGCAGAACUGUCCUGUCUCUGAGGAGAUAAGAAGACUCAAGAAAAGCUGGAUGGAGCUUGGCCAGCAGGCCGAGGAGCAGGAGGCCCAGAGAGGGGAGGACAUGCAGCGGAGUGGGGAGUACCAGGAGAGUGUGGCCACAGUGGAGGAACUUUUCCAUCAAGUGUCCCGGGAGUGGGACUACCUUGCUAGGGCUGACACAGAAAGCACAAGUGAACAUCUGGAGGCACUCAGGAAGCUUUUCAGUGAUUUAGAGGAGCAGCGUACAACUCUUGAAGAGCUAAGAGACCAGAGACAGGCCAUACUUCCUCGACUAAGUCUUUUAGACAAGGAGCUGGUAAAACAGCAGGUGAGCCAUCUGGAGCAGCGCUGGGCCCAAUUGGAAUCUGUCAUUCAGCAGAAAAUCUACGACUCCGCCCAGACACUGGAGGAGCUGGCUCGAGUGGAGACCCAGUUGCGGGAGGCAAGGGAGUGGGUGGAGGAGCAGAGGCCAGCUCUUACCUCUGCACUGAAAGGCAGCCCACCGCCUGAUGUGGCCCAGAGCUUCCUGUUUGACCAUCUGAGCGUCUGUGUGGAACUUGAGGCCCAACAGCAGCUACUGACACAGGCUGUGAGCGAAGCCCAGACAGUGAUGCCUCGACUGGGACUGAGCGAGAAGAGAAACCUGCAAGAGCUGGUGGAGCAGGCCCAGGCAGAGGUGGAGGCGCUGGGGGCGAGAGUCACACAGAGGAGGAAGUAUCUCAGCAAAGCAUUCACAGAGAGGACACAGUUCCUUCAGGGCCUUGGCAGAGCAAUAAACUGGAUCCAACAGCAGGAGAGGAAAGCUUUGAUAGAUGACCACAUAGCUCUGCUCCCUGAGGACCUGUCCAAACAGGUGUCUGUCUGCAGAGGAGUCCAGAGCAGCUUGAGAGAGUACCAGAGAGAGUUGUCCUCUCUGUGGGGUCAAGGUCGAGAGCUGGAGAGAGAUGCCACUGACAAAGAGAGGACAGAAACCAUGUCCAAACUUCAGGAGCUGCAGAUAGUGUUUGAGGGUGUGCUUCAAAGCACCACUCACAGACUCACAGACCUGGAAAAGGCUCUGACCUCAAGGAAGUACUUCCAGGUCGAUUUGGACAAGACCUGUCACUGGUUGAGACAGGCAGAUGCCAUCACCUUUCCUGAAAUCAUUGUACAUAAUGUGGAAGAUUGCUCUGAGCUGCAGUCUCAACUCUCAAACUAUCAGCAAGUUCUGGAGCAAGCCUCAGAGUAUGAGAACCUCCUGCUCAUUGUCCAAAGAAUCGGCCAGGAGAUCCUCCCCACUCUGAAUGAGAUUGACCACUGUUACUUAGACGAGCGGCUGAAUGCUCUGCCUCAGCAGUACAACAACAUCUUAGCUUUAGCCAAAGAGAAGAAAGACAGGGUCCAGCAAAUUAUCCAGGAGCGAAAGGAGUUCAGCACUUUCUUUGAUUUAACUUGUAAUGCACUUGAGGAGCUGCGCGAGCAGUUUGACAAUCUGGAAAAGCAGACUAUCAAAAUAAAUGAAAAAGAGAUUCUAUAUCUAAUUAAUGCACAUAGAAAUAUAAAAAAAAGUUUAUUGCAUAUAAGCGGUGCGAUACGAGAACUGAAUGGGAAAAAUGAGAUGUUACUGAGUAGAGGCCAGCAUUAUAAAGCUGAAGAGACACACCAGCUGCUAAAUUUACAUAAAUCAUUAAAGAGGAGAAACAACCAGAGGCUUAGGGACUUAGAAGAGAAUGGUUUGAAAAUAGUAGCUGAACACAACCAUGAGGUAAACAAGUUGAAUCAAGAAUUAGAGUCAGUGAAGGAGGAGCUUGUCACGUUAAAAACAAACUCAGAAGUUGGUGCUGUGGCUAAAAUGAGUGGUCUGUAUUUGAUGCAGGAACGUCUGGACUGUGUGAAUUUUCAGAUAGAAGAAUGUAUCCAACAGACGAAAAGCCUUCAUCUGAACUUUGACCCUGCUACUUUACAGAACCUUUUAUCCCAACAAGAACUAUUACAAUCAGUGCGUGGUGACAUUAUAUGUUUUGUUGAAGAGACUGAAAAAGACCCCACAGACUUUGAGAACGUACAGCAGUGGUUGGAGAGGAUCAAGUCUAAACUGGAGGAGCCUGUGGUCCUUUUGGAGGUCACAGUUAAUCAUGUACAUGUGCAACUAUGGAGAUUGAAAGCCAUAGGAGAGGAAAUGAAAAGUAGUUUUAGGAUUUCAGCAGAAACCUUUAAAUCACACGUGGAACUGGCAAAGAUGCAAGAAGAAGUCCAACAAGCAAUGAACAAAAAACAGCUCGCUGUGGAUGAAGCUCUUUCGUUGGUCCAAAGGCACCACUUAUCACUGCAAUCUGCACAGAAAUGGCUGGACUGUGCCUCUGUGUUUCUCCAAAGGGCCGACGCAGGGCUAGAGCUGGAAAACCAUACAGACUGGAUGCAAGACCUGGAGGAAAUUAUAGCUCAGGAAAAGGACUUCACUGCUGCUUUGGAGGAGCUACUAAUUGUGGACCUUCUGCUUAUAAAAUAUGUGGAAUCAAAUGAGAUGAGUAAAGUCCGAGGACAAGUAGAAGCAAUCAAGAUUAGAAAAGAAGACGCAAAUGAGCAAUUGGACGUGCACCGACACACACUGCAAAGGUGUUAA